CGCGUACCUAAACAUUUUAUCAUCACUAUCAACCCAACCCCACGUCAUAAUUUCUCUCUGUAAUAAACACAGAUGUACUCUGCAGAAUCUCUCCCCAUCAGAGCCAUAUGAGUCAUUGGGCCACCUCACGACACACCACCAAACAACAUAUGUUUCUGUCUUCAUACUCCAAAUGACAGCCAUCUCAUUAUCUCCACCACCGCCUACCGCCAUUUCUGUCUUCUUCAUCUUCUGCUUCACGCCUACUCUUUCAACACCCACCUUUCUUUUCACCCUCCUCCUCCUCUUUAGCUCAAAAUACAGUACCACUCCACUGUGAAGCUACCAAGGAGACCGCCAUUAUAUCACCAACAUGGCAAAACUGGUGGUGGAGGUUCACGAUGCAAGUGACCUGAUGCCUAAAGACGGCCAAGGCUCCGCCAGCCCCUUUGUGGAAAUAGAUUUGGAUGAGCAGAAACAACGCACGCAAACCAAGCAGAAAGAUCUCAACCCUUACUGGAACGAGAAGCUGGUCUUCAAUCUCAACGACAGCGGGGAGCUCCACCACAAGACCAUCGAGGUGGUGGUAUACAACGACCGAAAAGGCGGCGGCCACAAGAACUUCCUCGGCCGUGUCAGAAUCUCCGGCGACUCCAUCCUUUGGUCGGAGUCCGAAGCCACCGUCCAGCGCUACCCGCUUGACAAACGCGGCCUCUUUUCUCAUAUCAAAGGCGAUAUUGGGCUCAGAAUUUACAUUAUCAAUGACUCUUCUUCUGCUUCUGCUUCUGCUUAUAUUCCUCCUCCACCACCACAAGCUAGCGGGGUUGAAGAGAUGGGCCACACACCCUUGCAAGAGAUUAACACUAACAACCUCGAAGAACAAAUGGAGGAAAUUAGCAGGGUCGAGGAGAAGAAUUCGAAGAAGAAGAAGAAAAAGGAAAAAGAAGUCAGAACCUUUCACUCUCUAGGAACCGCUCCUCAUCCUCCUCAUUCUCAUUCUCAUUCUCAUCCUCAGCCUCCACAACCUUCAAUGUUCCCUGGCUUCGGAUUUGAGAAGGAAAAGGCAGCUGCAAUGGAAACCAGGACCGAUUUCGCACGAGCUCAAGCCGGCCCGGCGGCAACUAUCAUGCAAAUGCAGGCAUUUCCGACGAGGCCGAUCCCGGAGUUCGGGUUGGUGGAGACCCGUCCUCCGCUGGCAGCACUGCAGAGAAACAGAGGAGUUGGGAAUUACAAGACAUCGAGCACAUAUGAUCUUGUGGAGGCGAUGCAUUUCUUGUAUGUAAAUGUUGUGAAGGCCAGAGAUCUUCCUGUCAUGGACGUCACAGGAAGCCUUGAUCCCUACGUGGAAGUGAAGCUUGGGAACUACAAAGGCAUUACGAAUCACUUGGAGAAGAACCAACACCCUGUGUGGAAGCAAGUUUUUGCAUUUGCUAGAGAAAGGAUGCAAUCCAAUUUGCUGGAAGUGACUGUGAAGGAUAAGGAUACGCUUACAAAAGAUGAUUUUGUUGGGAGAGUUAAUUUCGAUCUGAUGGAGGUUCCUCACCGGGUGCCGCCGGAUAGUCCUCUGGCUCCUCAGUGGUACAAAUUGGAAGACAAGAAGGGAGACAAGACAAGAGGGGAGGUUAUGCUUGCGGUUUGGAUGGGAACGCAGGCUGAUGAGUCGUUUCCUGAGGCAUGGCAUUCGGAUGCUCACAACGUUAGUCAUAAAAACCUCUCCAAUACUCGUUCACAGGUUUACUUUUCUCCCAAGCUAUUCUACCUUAGAGUUGCAGUAAUUGAAGCUCAGGAUCUUAUUCCAUCCGACAAAAGCAGAGCACCGGAAACAUUUGUGAAGGUACAGCUUGGUGGUCAGAUGAAAUUUACAAAGACUUCCAGAAUGCGGCAAAACCCGACUUGGGAGGAAGAGUUGAUGUUUGUGGCAUCGGAGCCUUUCGAAGAUUUCAUAGCCAUAACGGUUAUCGACAGAAUAGCACCUAACAAGGAUGAGAACUUAGGCAUGGUGUUUAUCCAGCUUAGAGAAAUCCCACAAAGGCUUCACGAGUCCACCAAGCCCCCAGAUCCCCGCUGGCUUAAUCUCCAUAGGCCAUCUGUGGCAGCUGAAGAGGAGACGGAGAAGAAGAAGGAGAAGUUCACAAGCAAAAUCCACCUUCGCCUCUGCUUUGAAGCGGGUUACCAUGUUCUCGACGAGUCGACGCAUUUCAGCAGCGAUCUGCAGCCGUCGGGGAAUCACCUCAGAAAACCGAAGAUUGGGAUUCUUGAAGUUGGGAUUUUGAGUGCCCAGAAUCUGCUUCCGAUGAAGGCAAAGGAUGGGAGGACUACUGAUGCUUACUGUGUGGCCAAGUAUGGGAACAAGUGGAUUCGAACCAGAACGCUACUCAACACGCUGUCUCCUCGCUGGAACGAGCAGUAUACUUGGGAAGUUCAUGACCCAUGUACUGUAAUCACCAUUGCUGUCUUCGACAAUCACCACACUAACGGAAAAGAUGAUGAUGCAAAGGAUCAAAGGAUUGGGAAGGUGAGAGUUCGACUGUCGACUUUAGAAACUGAAAAGGUUUAUACCCACUUCUACCCAUUGUUGGUUCUCACACCAUCUGGUUUGAAGAAACAUGGGGAGCUUCAUUUGGCAUUGAGGUUUACUUGUAUUGCUUGGGUUAAUAUGGUGGCUCAAUAUUCAAGGCCUCUGCUUCCAAAAAUGCAUUAUGUUCAUCCCAUACCUGUCAUGCACAUUGACAGGCUCCGCCACACGGCGAUACAAAUUGUGGCGGAGAGGCUAAAACGAGCGGAGCCACCGCUCAGGCGUGAAACUGUGGAGUACAUGCUUGAUGUGGAUUACCAUAUGUGGAGUCUCAGGAAAAGCAAGGCCAAUUUUUUGCGCAUAAUGUCACUUCUUUCUGGGUUUACUACUGUUUGUAAAUGGCUCACCGACAUAUGUUACUGGAGAAACCCGAUCACCACAUGUCUCGUGCAUGUCCUGUUCUUGAUAUUGGUUUGCUACCCAGAACUGAUAUUGCCCACGAUUUUCCUAUACCUGUUUGUGAUCGGGGUAUGGAACUACCGGUUCCGGCCGAGGCAACCGCCUCACAUGGAUGCUCGAAUUUCACAGGCCGAAUUUGCAAACCCAGAUGAGCUGGAUGAGGAAUUCGACUCAUUCCCAUCAUCUAAACCUCCGGAGUUUGUGAGGGUGAGGUAUGACAGGCUGCGAAUUGUGGCGGGUAAGGUGCAGACGGUGAUAGGAGAUUUGGCAACACAUGGGGAAAGGGCUCAAGCUAUACUAAGCUGGAGAGAUCCAAGAGCUACGGCAAUCAUCAUCAUCUUCUCGUUGAUCUGGGCCAUGUUCAUUUACAUUACUCCAUUCCAAGUAAUUGCAGUGCUGGUUGGGCUCUUCUUGCUUCGGCAUCCCCGGUUCAGAAACAGGAUGCCUUCUGCACCUGUGAAUUUCUUCAAGAGAUUGCCAAGCAAGUCAGAUAUGCUACUAUGAGAUAGAUGGAUGUUACUAUCAGUUUAUCAUUCAUUUAGUUAUGCCUUUCGCUUUUGGAACACAAAAAAGAAGAAGAUUGUUCAGUAAAUAAACCCCACCAAAUUCAUAGCAGCAGCAUAAGACAGGAUAGGAAAAGCAACAAUGUUGCUCUUUUCCCUGCUACCCCCCACCAACACAAGAAUUCUACUCUUUCCUGGAUAUGUAACGUUCUAGCAUCCAUCGAUGUAAUCUAUGGAACCAAUCAUUCUUUUUGGCUCUAUUUCUAUUUUCUGUUUAGCGAAUGAGUAAUCAGUUGGUGUAAUUACUUAUUACUUAGUAAGCAAUAUCAUCUUCUAGAACUGUA